AUGGGACUGGGGCAGGCGCUGGUGGCCGCGGCCAUGUGCGCCGCGGUGCUGGGCUGCGUGGGAGCGUCUCGGUUGCUAAGCGGGCAGACAGUUUGCCGGGGUGGAACUCAGCGACCGUGCUACAAAAUCAUUUACUUUCAUGAUGCUUUGCGCAGGAUCAACUUUGAAGAAGCGCACCAGACAUGCAGAAGAGAUGGUGGGCAUUUAGUCAGUAUUGAAUCAGGAUCAGAACAGAGACUGAUUGAAAAAUUGAUUGAGAGUCUCUUGGCUUCAGAUGGAGAUUUUUGGAUAGGACUUAGGAGAAAAGAGGAAGACGUGGACAAUAGCACAGAAUGUCAGGGCCUGUAUUCAUGGUCUGAUGGCAGUACAUCCAAAUUUCGGAAUUGGUAUACAGAUGAGCCUUCCUGCGGGAGUGAGAUCUGCGUUGUGAUGUACCACCAGCCCUCUGCCCCGGCAGGUGUCGGAGGUUCCUAUAUGUUUCAGUGGAAUGAUGACAGAUGCAACAUGAAAAAUAACUUCAUUUGCAAAUAUUCUCUUGAAAAACCAACUGCUGCCCCAGAAGAGAACUCCCAAGUGGAUGUUGUCACAGGGUCCUGGAAGCCAACGUUCCCAGAAGAACGCAUUAAGGAAGAUGCCAAUGAAACCCUUAAAGAACCCAAAGAACCUGUUUUGAGUCUUGUCUACAUCUUAAUUCCCAGCAUCCCUCUGCUCCUUCUCCUGAUGGUCGUUACAGCCAUCGUCUGUUUUUGGCUUUUUGCAAAGAGGAAACGAGAGCACAUGGAGGCGAGUCCAAAGGAGCAAGAUGCCUGGAUCUCCCCCCACAGGAAGAACAGUCCCAAUUUGGAGAUUUACAAUGUAAUUAAAAAACAAAUGGAGGCAGAUCUGGCUGGGACCAGGCCAGAUACUAAGAAUUCUUCCUUCCGCACCCCUUCCGGAGACCACACGUCUGACAACUUCUCCGGAGAUUACGACAACGUGACUGUGAAUACUACAGAGAGCGGUUUUGUGACGUUGGCUAGUACUGAAAGUGGCUUUGUGACCAAUGAGAUAUAUGAGCUGUGCAAUGAUCGGGUGGGACAAAGCAAGGAGUCGGCCUGGGUGGAAAACGAAAUCUAUGGAUAUUAA